CCGCCCCCUUCCCCUUAUUGGCUGAGCCCUGAUGUGAAACAAACUAAACUACACCCCCACACACACUUUUCAUUGUGGCUCUGAUCCAAAAGGAGGUCCAGACCGACCGACUCCGGGACCUGCAGGAUCUGCUCAGAGAUGGGUGAGUUUGUCCUUCUUCUACCUCCUUAUUCAUCCUUCCUUCUCUCCUUCUCUCCCUCACUCCUUAACUUGUCUCCUCUGUGUCUCAGCUGCUCAGAUCUCUGGUUUUCUCAUGGGGGUUCGGUCUGAGCGGGCGGCUCUCUGACCUUUGUUCUGUUUUUGUAAAGAUCUGGGAGUUAAAGGAACAGUCCGUAAGAUUCUCUCUCUAAUGAUCUUCUAAUGAUCUUCUUCUAAUUAUCUUCUUCUAAUGAUCUUCUUCUGCGGCUUCAGGGCUGAUGAUUCUCGCUCUCCUGUAAACUUCCCUGCAGAUCCACCUCAGACCGGCCCCAGGAUCUCUGUGAUCCUGUGUUCAUCUUUAGAUCUGCGUUCUCUCUGUUUAUUAUCCUCAUUAAUCUGAUCCGACCUCUUGGAGAGGAUCCAGGUCAGAUCCUGAGCCAACAUUUCGCUGUAGACCUGAACCUGAAAUUCAGGUCCAGGUGUGCGCAGACUACUUUGUGAAACGGUCUGAUGUAACCUGUUGGAGCUUAGGUCAGAUCAGGUUAAUCAAUAAUUCUGAUCGUUAAUCAGUGACUGGGUUAUGAGCUGCUGGUUAGAAGGUGAUAAAGAUAAUCCGAGAUAAGACCAAAGAGAGAGAGAGAUCUAGAAAUGUGUAAACAACCCCAGACUUCCUGUGCGCUGUAGACCCGCUGUAGUCUCUGUGUCCUGGUUUUAGUCUGUGGUUCAGAUUCACAUUAAACUCCUUCAGAGCCGCUGAAGUCCUGAAAGGAGGUCACUUUAAAACCAGGCAGACAAAAACCAACAGAAACUGUUUCCUGUUUAUUUAUGAGCAGAAAAUAAAAAUUAAUGAGAGUUUAAUAUACUCAUAUAAUAAUGAUAAUAAUAAUAUUAUAAAUAAAUAACAUGGAGUAAAAACCUGUUUGGACAAAGUGAUGUACGCUCGUUCACUGAAAACACUGAAGUUUUUAUCUUAGAAUAUUGAUUGUUGAUCAUUCACACACCUUCACAAAUCUCUUCGAUUAACAUUCCAUGACAUGGAAACAUACCUUUAUCUUGGCGUUUUUUCUCUUCUUCCUCUUUCUUUUCUCUGCUCCUGAAGGAUAUGUCCUUUUUAGCGACAUUGUUUUGUCCCACAACUAUCUGCUCUUUAGAUGCUCAGUGAACAUUUCACAGCAGGAAGAACAGAAUGGUGGGCGGAGCUUUGACAUAUCGGCAGUAAGAAUCAUAGGCCUACAUCAGCAGCAGCCCUAAACUGUUUUUACUUUAUUUUAUUUUUACAAUAAUUUGAUCAUACAGAAAGCAUCACUCAUACAUGCAAAAAAAAAAAAAAAACUUUUUUUUUUAUCGCUCUUGGGGGCCCCCUACUGGCCACGGGGCUUUGGCUUUGUUAGUACUGCAGGUUAUGAUGUACUAUUCAGAUUUUUUGUUCGAUUUGUUCUAUCCAAUCUUUUUGUGUGUUCACAUUACAACAAUAAAUGCGGUAUCUAAUGUGAAUGGAAUGCGUCCGUGAAGUGACCCGCAUGCGCACAAAGCACAAAUUGCUUUCCGUGCCUGUUUGUGUUUUCGAACAAUGGUGACGUUUGUCGCAUAUUGUUGACGUAUAGGUUGCAUGAAUGCGACCUGAGCGUCCACACUGCAGUCACAUCGGAUACAUAUCUGAUUUAUAUCCACAUACAAAAGAGGCCUGGGUCAGAUUUGAAAAAAUCAGAAUUGCACUGUUCACUCUGACAUGAAAAAAUCUGAUAUGUGUCACACAUGGUUAAAAAAUCAGAAUUGACCUGCAGUGUGAACAUAGCCUUAGGCUGUGUCUCAUUUCAGAGACCGCACUGUCGAACGGCGUCGACCGGCGCAUUUGAAGCGUGCAUGGUGUCAUCACGCGGCGCGAACAGUGUCCCAUUUGGCACAAAAUGCGAAGCACGCUUAACAUUUUUCAAGCGUGCAUUUGGAGACACAGCGCGUCCUUAAAGAAAAUACAAGAAAUCCAAAAACAGCAGACAGUCAGCUCAGGCUGUAUGAGCACAUGAUCUCUUAGCUCACUAAAAUCUGUAAACCAAACAUUAUAGAUUUAGAGACGAACUGAUCCGCUCGGCUACAACAAUCAAAAACAUUAGAAAUAAGAAAGCUGACAAAACUACAGCAGAGGAUCAGGACAACAUUGAGUUUUUUUUUUUGUUGUUUUUUUUAAGAUUUAGAGAUUAAAGUUGUAGACUUAGGAGAAUAAAGUCAUAAAGUAAAUAAAGUCAUAAAGCUGCUUUUGUGGAGGGGGAAAUGACUGAAGCUGGUCAUCUGCAGGGUUAUCGGUGGAUGCAUCAGCGGGUCAUUCAGGGUUUUUGUGGUUUCUGAAGAAACAAUCCAACUGAUGAUGAUCAACAUUUGAGAUCCAGAGGGAGUCGAGCUCCGACGAGCACCACGUCUCUGACACCAACGGUAACCUACACCUGCAAGGACACCAACACCUUAUUAUGGCAUAUGGAUUCAUAUCAUAAACUAAAGCUCAAUGUCAUUCACGGAUAUUUACGGCUGCAUAAACUGAUAUAUCCUCAGCAUAUCCAUUUCUGCCUCCACAAAAGCAGCGAUUUCCUUCAAGUACACCUGUUUUUUCCCCGUGGAAAAGACGUAUUUCUCAUAUAUUCUUUUUUAAGUCUUUAUACUUGUGACAAUGUGAUGCUGAUGUGCCAAAGGAUGAAGUAUCUCCUUGUUUGUGAAACCUAUACUGAAGUUCCUUUAAAUGCUUCAUGGCCCUAAUUUUAACAACUCUCCUCUGAAAUAACAGGUAACCUUAUGACUUUAUUCUCAUAAAUUAAUGACUUUAUUCUCGUAAAUUCACGACUUAAAUCUCGAAGUCUUUAAAAAAAAUUCUCAAUAUGGCCCUCAUACUCCUUAAUACAAAACAAUCAUUGGAUGAAUUUUGUGGGAAUGAUCUGUGCUUGUAUGUAUCUAUUGUCUUGUGUCUGUGAAAGGUCGCACAAUUAAAAAAAUAAAUGCUGCGCUCUGUGGCUUUUCUUCAAGUCAGUCGUGACAUAAGCCUGAGGGCGGGGACAUUUUACGACUCAACCAGGAAGUUCCAUUUCCCAUUUCAGCGACCGCAUCAGGCUGAGCGCACUUAAGCGGACUGGAGUGGACUGGAGUACCCUGUAGUACUUGAGCCAAGAACCAAAAUUUCACAUAUCGGUACCACCUGGGUGGGCAAAUUCUAGUUGUGAUUUUUUUAUUGCUAUACAUCCCUACAAUAAGUUUUUAUAUGAUAGACCUUGGUAACUGGUAGCUUAAUCUAAUAGCAUUAUAAUAACACAACUUUAAUAUGACACUGACAUAUUUUCAAUGCAGGAACUCAAUAUACAAUCAUCCUGGCUGGUGCAGGGCAAGAAGACAUUAGCAACAAAAUAAGAUCUACUGAUGUAUACACUCUAUACAAUCAUCUGAGAAAAACUCAAAUUCCUAUUCAAAGUCCUAUUCUUUCCAUAAGGAACAGUGACAGCAAAUAUGACUGUCAAGUUUUGGCUUAGUACAUAAUACUGUCACUGAGUCACAGUGGGUCUGUUAACAUAGCUCCUUUUGGUCAUCAUUUAUUAAUCAACAUCAGUAAUCGACAUCAGUAUCUGUAUCUUCUUCUACAUCUGAGUCUGCCGGGUGUGCAAGGGGCUCUUCCUCACUGUAUUGGUUGGCACAAGUUUGUAAUUUGCACAGGUUUGUGCACUUCAGCCCAUUGCUGAGACAGGCGCAGUCUGGUGGUUUGCAUGUCCUCACACACUUGCAGGAUAGCAUUUUCUCAGAUGAUUGUAUAGAGUAUAUACAUCAGUAGAUCUUAUUUUGUUGCUAAUGUCUUCUUGCCCUGCACCAGCCAGUAUGAUUGUAUAUUGAGUUCCUGCAUUGAAAAUAUGUCAGUGUCAUAUUAAAGUUGUGUUAUUAUAAUGCCAUUAGUCUGCAUUUAUUUUACUUCUACUUCUAAGUAAAAAAAUAUCCUUAAUUUAGACCUUGAUUUAGACCUGACAAUUGGCUAAUUGAAGCUUAUAUAUACACACCUGUAUUAGAUAAAUUACUUGAAAUACUACUUAGGGGGUUAAUACAAGUCUCUAUGGCUAGCCAAUAGUUCAAACACACCUAAAUGAGAGGUUAAAAUGAAAGAAAGCUAAUUUUGAAGGAAGGCGAUUUUUCAUUUUUGAACAGCUGCACUCUAUUACUUUAAUGAGUGAUAACUACAAUAAAGCUACCAGUUACCAAGGUCUAUCAUAUAAAAACUUAUUGUAGGGAUGUAUAGCAAUAAAAAAAUCACAACUAGAAUUUGCCCACCCAGGUGGUACCGAUAUGUGAAAUUUUGGUUCUUGGCUCAAGUGCUAUGAUACCUGAAAGAACUGCUCCCCCAUCAAAUUGGGCCACUCCCACCUCAUCAACUCAUUUAAUUAGACACAGGUUUGAUUCAUUUAUAGAAAAGAGCAGUGUGACCCAAAAAGAGUAUGACUUUUAAUGUGCUUUUGACUUUCUGUGUUGCUUUUGGAGUUAACAAAAAUUCGCCUAUUGAGGAAAAUAACAAAAUGAGAAAAAAUAUAAAAAGCUACCCCUAUGAAAAGUCUAUCAUUUUUUAAUUUACUUAUAUUGACCCUAAAAACAAUUUAGUAUAUGUAAGGUUUUGCCCACCCAAGUGGUACCGACAUCUGGUCCGGCUCAAGGACUACUGGGUGAGAUUGUCCGUCAGGAUCGCGUCACGACUGGCUUGAAGAAAAGCUGCGGAGCGCAGCAUUUAUUUUUUAACUGUGCAAUCUUGCACAGACACAAGACAAUAGAUACAUACAAGCACAGAUCAUUUCCACAAAAUUCAACCAAUGAUUGUUUUGUAUGAAGGAGUAUGAGGGCCAUAUUGAGAAUUUUUUUUCGAGAUUUAAGUCGUGAAUUUACGCGAAUAAAGUCAUUAAUUUAUGAGAAUAAAGUCGUAACCUGUUAUUUCAGAGGAGAAUUGUGAAAAUUAGGGCCAUGAAGCAUUUAAAGGAACUUCAGUAUAGGUUUCACAGACAAGGAGAUACUUCAUCCUUUGGCACAUCAGCAUCACAUUGUCACAAGUAUAAAGACUUAAGAAAGAAUAUAUGAGAAAUACGUCUUUUCCACGGGGAAAAAAACAGGUGUACUUGAAGGAAAUCGCUGCUUUUGUGGAGGCAGAAAUGAAUAUGCUGAGGAUAUAUCCGUUUAUGCAGCCGUAAAUAUCCGUGAAUGACAUUGAGCUUUAGUUUAUGAUAUGAAUCCAUAUGCCAUAAUAAGAUGUUGGUGUCUCUGCAGGUGUAGGUUACCGCCGGUGUCAGAGACGUGGUGCUCGUCGGAGCUCAACUCCCUCUGGAUCUCAAAUGUUGAUCAUCAGUUUGAUUGUUUCUUGAAAAACCACAAAAACUCUCUGAAUGACCCACUGAUACAUCCACAGAUAACCCUGCAGAUGACCAGCUUCAGUCAUUUCCCCCUCCACAAAAGCAGCUUUAUGACUUUAUUUACUUUAUGACUUUAUUCUCCCAAGUUUACAACUUUAAUCUCUAAGUCUUAAAAAAAAAAAAAACUCGAUGUUGUCCUGAUCCUCUGCUGUAGUUUUGUCAGCUUUCUUAUUUCUAAUGUUUUUGAUAGUUGAAGCAGAGCGGAUCAGUUCGUCUCUAAAUCUAUAAUGUUUGGUUUACAGAUUUUAGUGAGUUCAGAGAUCAUGCUCUCAUACAGCCUGAGCUGACUGUCUGCUGUUUUUGGAUUUCUUGUAUUUUCUUUGAAGACGCGCUGUGUCUCCAAGCGAGUCCAGCCUCUCACCUGAAAUGCGCAGCUGUGCAGCGGCACGCAAAGAAUUCUGGGAUACCAACGGAACGAAAGCGUGCGUAUAUGCACGCUUGAAAAAGGGGCGGGGGCAGUGUGGUUUUGAGACCGAAUUUGAAGCGCAGUUAGCAUUUCGUGCCAAAUGAGACACCGUUCGUGCCGCGUGAUGACCUCACGCACACUUCAAAUGCGCCGUUCGAGGGCGCUUAUCCUGAUGCGGUCACUGAAAUGAGACACAGCCUUAGUUCACUUAUGCCUCGGGCCUGCUCUGCGUUCAGGGGAGGAACCGUCGUCUUGAUGACCUUGGAGUUUGCUGUCCUCCUGUGUUGGAGAAGACUCUAUCAGCUGAGACUUCUGUACUGUCAGACUAGAUUUCAGAAUCACUAAAGUCGCCCCCUGCUGGGUGUCAGAGAGAGUGCAUGUGUUGAGGGUCCUCUCUCUUAUCUUUAAAAACUCGGUUUCAGGUCCGAGUCUUUCUCAGACGUGUUGAGAUGAUCUGAUGAAGUGAAAACCUUGUCUCUGCUGCUGAAGGCUGGAGGUUCAAGGUCCGAGACAGAGGCUCCUCUGUUGAAGGGAAACCUGAACCGGGUCUGUGGUUCUGUUUGUACAAAAACUGAUCAGUUUCACAAAGUCUGGCAGACCCACAUAUCUUGAAUAUCUUUGACCCAGAGUCCUGGUUGGUGCUCUUUGUCUCUGUCAGAAAAGCAACAGAUUCAUGGAUUUACGGUCUUCACUUGUUUGAGGUUUGAGCUGGUUAGACAGAGACCGGGUUAGUCCAGAACCAGAACCUGACGGUGUUUUUCAGGUCUCUUUGGAAUUUGGACUUCAGCCUCCCCACUGAGCAUUUUUUGGUCUAUAAGAGGUCUAAUAGCCGUCUAAAUGUAGCGUAGUUGACUGGUCUAAAAUCAGGCUACCACAAGUCUAAAAAUGAAAGGUUUUUUAGAUGUCUAAAUUUAGACCAAAUUUAGACUAAAUCUAAAUCUGGGCUAUAUCUAUACUACACUGUACAUUGUUCAACAGCUAUCAUAAAUAUUUUGGUUAAGUACUUGAAAAACAAUUAUGGAACUCAGUUGCUUUUUGAAAUAAAUAAAUAUCAAAUAAUGGGUUAAAGUGCAAAGUCUAAAUUCUGUCUAAAAAUAUACAGAAUCAAGACGGUUGAAAUUAGGUCUAAAAAAAACUAAACGUCCAUUAGCCGUCUUUUGCUCAGUGGGUCUGUGAUAAUAAACCAGGACUGUCUCAGGCUGAUAAACUGGGUCUGGGUGGUCCAGUCCAGUCCAGUCUCAGUAAAAAAAAUCUGAAAGUUUUGAAAACUUUGACGUUAAUGCUAGUUAGCUAAUGUUAGCAUGCUAACAUGCUGAAAAGACAUUAUAUACGUAGAGCGUAAUCCAGCGUCGCUGCCAUAUUGGAUGAGUCCCUACUCCAGGCUCACUUAAGAGGCAAACGGGGUCAAUGGAGAACAAGCGACUAUGCCCAUUUUUUUCGCACUCUAUGGUUGAAAAACCCAACGCAGUAUUGAAACCAGAUCACGUAGGAAUACAGUUCACAAAUAGGAUCGAUUUAUUUUGAAUGUGUGACAUUGUCCUGUAUUAUUGCUACAUCCCUGCCAUUGUAACAAACCAAAAUCAGGCACAGAUUCAGAGAGUUGGGCAUUCCGAAACCCUUAUUCAUGCAUUCAUCUCAUCCCGUCUAGACUACUGCAACAGUCUCCUCCACGGCACUACCUCCACUCUCCUCAAUAAACUUCAGCUCAUUCAGAACUCUGCCGCCUGCCUCCUCACCCAUACACGCUCCCACCAACACAUCACCCCCGUCCUCCAGAACCUACACUGGCUCCCCAUCCCCCAUCGCAUUCAGUACAAAAUCCUCCUUCUCACCCACAAAGCACUCCACAACCAGGCCCCCCCCUACCUGCAAGAUCUUCUCCACCCCUACAUCCCCCCGCACACCCUCCGCUCCGCUGAUGCCAACCUCCUCACAGUACCCUCGACCAAGCACCGAACCUGGGGGGACAGAGCCUUCUCAGUCUCUGCCCCCACCCUAUGGAACUCACUCCCACUGGACCUCAGAAAUUGCUCCAACCUUACCAAAUUCAAAACCCAGCUCAAAACUCACCUUUUCCGCACUGCUUUUCAUCUUCCUUACCCCCCCCCCCCCCCCCUGAUUGUUGAUUUUACCUGAUUUUACUUGAUUUUAAUUGAUAUUGAUGUAUUUUAUUGUAUAUUGAUGUAUUUUUAUUGUAUACUGAUAUAUGAUUUUAGCUAUGUACAGCGUCUUUGAGUCUUUGAAAAGCGCUUAACAAAUAAAAUGUAUUAUUAUUAUUAUUAUUAUUAUUCCUACCUACCUUAAUGCACUGGAGGCGCAUGGGGACCCAUCCAAGAUGGCGGCCGCGCUGAUAUGUGAGCUCCAAUAGGCAGUGUCAGGCUUUGAGGCGCCUACGUAUAUUAUGUCUAUGGAAGAGUUAGCAUGUUAGAGCGCUAACUUUAGCAUUUAACUCCAGCAGAACAUUAAGAGGAGCCGAGUCUGACCUCUGACUUCUGUGUGGUCCUCUGUAGUAAAAACAGAGUCAGGAAGGUGAUGACCUUUGACCUGUUCCGUCUUUUUUUUAAAUUACAGCCAACUGUACAGGAUGUGGACCAGGAUACGCCACCCCACUGGACGCCAUGAAGGGUCAGUCUGAGCACAGAUAUAAACACAUUUGGUCACACGGCGGGAGGUGAUUGAUAUAUUGACUGAUUGAUUGGUUUUCCUGUCUAAGGUCCUCGGGAGCAGAUCGUCUAUCUGCCCUGUAUCUACAGGAACACCGACAUUCAAAAACCGGACUAUCUCGCCACUGUGGACGUGGACCCUGAGUCACCGACGUACUGUCAGGUACAAAGAGCGGACCCGCCUCUGUCACAGUACCACAUGUACUGAUUCCAUAUAACUUCGUAUGAUAGAUUAAGUCAUGAUGAAAUAUGGUAUGAUAAAAUAUGUCAUGAUAAAAUGAUAACUUUUGUCAUGGUUUGAUAAAAUAUGAUAUGACAAAAUAUGACAUGGUAGGAUAUGGCAUGAUAAAAUAUGGCAUGAUAAAAUACGGUGUGAUAAAAUCAUGAUAAAAUAGGGUAUGAUAAAAUAUAUCAUGAUAAAAUAUGGUAUAAAAAAUAUGGUUUGAUAAAAUAUGUCAUGAUAAAAUAUUGUAUGAUAAAAUAUGUCAUGAUAAAAUAUGGAAUUGUAUGGUAUCAUACAAGAAUUGAGGUUUGAGCAGGUAACGACGGAGGAAACAUGAAGCGGACACAUUGCUGAAAGAAACUGUUUCCUCUCAUUGUUUCACAAAAAUGUGAGGAGAGUUUUUAGCUCUGCUUUGACCUGCUGUGACCUUUGACCUUUGAAGGUUAUCCACCGGCUGCCGAUGCCAAACCUCCGUGACGAGCUUCAUCACAGCGGCUGGAACGCCUGCAGCAGCUGCUUUGGAGAUGCCACCAAGAAACGUAACCGUCUGAUUCUGCCGUCACUCAUCUCCUCCAGAAUCUAUGUGGUCGACGUCGGCACUGACCCCAGGGCACCACGGUUACACAAGGUACGCACGGAGUCGACCUGACUGCAGCAAACUGUAGCCCAGCUCAUGUUCAGGUCCUCUCUGCAGUUUCUCAGUUAAGGGGCGGAGCUGAGCGACUCUGAUUGGCUGACAGAGCUCUGACUUUAACUUUACGUAACUUUGAAAGUAAACAGAUGGAGAGAUUCAAAUUUCAUCAAAGUUCAACAUCUGCAGCUUUUACCUCUAAAAUUCAAACAUCUGCUGGAGUAGAUCUGUUUGUUUUCAGAUGAAUUUCAGAAAAAAAAAAAAAAAAACAAAAAAAAAACUGAGGAAAAGCUGAGUCAGCAAACACACAAAAACAGCAGCUGUCCUGAAGGGUCAUGGUCUCUGUGGGGUCCUCUUAGUCUGCAGUGGCUGAAAUAAGGAGUCUGGAGGUGGCUGUGCUGAUCCUGGUCCUGAAGUCUGGUGUUACGGGGAGGCCCAGGAUUCACAGAAAGACAGGAGAACGGGUUCAGACCAGGAGUAAGGGUUUAGACCAUUUCAUUUUCCUUUAUUUAGAUCUCCAUUAGCUGUGGCUAAGGCCUCCUGGAGUUUACAUUAACAAUUAGCUCUCCAUCUUAGUGCAAAGACACAAAAAAAACAUCACGCCACAAACACAAAGACAACGUUAAUAACUACAACAACUCACAACUGCCUACAAGACAAAAACAAAACAACAAAACUAGAACAAUACAAACAACAGACACAUUUUACUGGACCUUAUUCAUUUUCACACUGUAGCUAUAGUUCUGAAAUAAUCAGAUGUUCAAAUAUCAACAUACAUUCCACAUAAUUAAAUUAAUUCACAGAAACAGUACCCAAUACUUAAGCAGACCUUAAAUAUAUCAAGUAAAUCAGACAAACACUGAUUGAUUCUACAAAGUAGCUUCAUCUAAAUAAGGAGCUGUUUGACUAAUAAAUGUUCUUUUACUAGAUCUUUAAAGUAAAGAUCAGGAGAGCAGGUUUAUCAUCAAUCAGUCUUUAUUUAUAUAGCACUUUUCAGACACGACCGUGUAGCACAAAGUGCUUUACACAGAAAAAGGAAUAAAAGAAACAAAGAAAACCCAAAUCUACCCCAGCCCAACCCCUCAUUCCCAUCCCAUGAUCUAAACAGAAACAGAAACAGAAUUAAAAUGCAUGUACUUAAAAAGGGCCUUAAUGUGCACUGAGGAAACGCCAUUUUAAAACUCAAGAUAAGGAAACACUGGAGUUUUUAAAAUCUAAAAACGAAGCAACAUAGAAUAAAGAUUAAAGAUACUAAAAUAAGAGCACCAAAAUAGCUCAAUAAAAGAUGAUCCUAUCAUUAAAACUAGAAAGAGAUAAAUGCUAAAACACUCAAACAAAGUUAAUGAUAUAAAAUUAAGUUAAAAACUAAAAAGGUAUGUUUUCAGUUUAGACCAGGAGAGCGUGUUUAGACCCAGACUCGGAGUGUUGAUUCAGCUUGACCCGGUGAAGACAGCAGCUGGUUUCUGUAAAGUUAAAGAAAACAAACUUUCAGACCCACUUUAAGGGUUAAAUUAAAAAAUGUAGGGGGGGGGGGGGGGGGGUCAUCCUGAGUUCACUGCAGAUAAACAAUCUUGACUCUCUGAAGUAUGUUGUUGAUCUUGUUGUUGGCGAUAAAGGAUCUGAAUAAACAUGUCCGUCAGUCUGCUGAGUCAGAGACUCUGAUAAAGACUGAGAAGAGGAUCCUGGAGAACUGCUCGGUGUUUCCCUAAGGUCACAGGAAAUGGAUCAGAAUUGUCCGAUUCAAUAUGGAACCAAGAGAAUUUAUAAAAAGUUGGAUCAUUUAAAGGCAGUUUAGUCUAAAUCCUUUAAUUUAAAUAAGGUUAAAUUAAAAUAUCUAUGUUUGAACCAUCGUGACACAAGUCACAGUUGGGGACAAGAUGCUCUUUCAUAAAUGAAUCCUCCUUUCUGAGACUCUGCAACCGGGUCUGGGUACUCGUUAGGGUCACGUGGGCUGCUGUGGUCCCCUGCUGCCCCCUAUAGUCCAGUCAGAUUCACUGAAACCUUCAGAGUCAUCCUGGUUUGAUCCAGAAUGAGCCCAGACAGACCCUUAGUCCAGUACCUCACAUGUUCCUGUAUUCAGAGACAAACUUUGAGAAAACGAAAACCUUUAAAAGAACAGUUUAACCCUUUUUCCACAGGGGGCACCACAAUCCUGAAGUUCUUCUCAGGAGAAGUUUUGAUAAGUGUGUGAUGGUUUGUUUGUUUUCCUCAGAUGGUCGAACCCGUCGAUGUCUUCUGGAAGUGUGGCUUGGCGAACCCACACACCACCCAUUGCCUCGCCAACGGACAGAUCAUGAUCAGCUGUAUGGGAGACCCCCAGGGCAACGGCAAGGGUGAGACUCAGAUGACGGACUCCAUCAUCGGUGGAGGUCUUACCCCCAAUUUCCACCUCAUCCAGAACAGCUACGAAAAGCUCGUAUCCUCCGAUCUUAGCUGAUCGUAACCAUUCAAGUUAACAUGUCAAUUUCCACUGGCUUUUUUCCGUUCCUCUGCGGAUCGCCGGACUCCACAGCUGAUCGCAAGAGUUCUAUUUUUUCAGGACGCCGGAGCAUGCCGGAUAAAUUCAGCAUAGAUUAACCCGUGCUGGAAAGGAAGUCGGGCACAGACACAAAAUAAAACAUCAGGCUUCUUUUCAAAAUAAAACAUUGUGUAUUAGGCGGACCGUAUUUCACACCAUGCAAACGGGCAGAGAUGCACAAGUGAAAGAUUUUUACACGUCAUUUCACCCUGAUGACACCAUGGUUGAGGAGAUGCUGAUUCUAGAAGUCUAGAAGUAGAUUUCCUCCUCUGGAAGAACACAAUCAACUGCUUAUAUGCCUAUGUGGCUGUCUUUAUAGAGACAAUUCAUUAUCACGCAAUUGAACAUGAAUCCGCGGGUUCGUGAGUUCUCGCGAUCCACGAAAUUCGCCUCACAAAUGGAUCUGGUAGGAAUUGGCAGAUGGCGAAAAUCGCUGUUGUUCCGAAUGCAGUGGAAAUUGGGGGUAAAGGACUCUAAAGGACUCUUGUAUGUACCAUAAACCCUCUUCGUCUCUGAAGAGUCUCCCAGGAGUAGAUCCGUCCUAUGAGUCCUCUCAGAUUAUCUGAAUUUGAGGGUCUGGAUCUGAACGGUCUCCUAUCUUUUCUGUGGGACAGAGAAACUUUGACAUGGUAGAACCACGAUAGAGCUGUUCCUGAAUGUUCCAUGACAAUAGCUGGGACCGGUUAGAACCAGAUCUGAUCCGACACCAGGUUUUGACCCCCGUCCCCGCCCCUGACAUGUUUGCUGUCGUCCCCUCAGGUGGUUUCAUCCUGCUGGACGGUGAGACAUUUGAGGUGGUCGGGAACUGGGAGCACCCGGGUGAAGCUGCGUCCUUCGGAUAUGAUUUCUGGUACCAACCCAAACACAACGUGAUGAUCAGCACCGAGUGGGGGGCGCCCAAAGCUCUGGCUGACGGUUUCAAUCCAGCUCAUGUCAAAGAUGGUAAGGGGGGGGGGGGGGGGGUUGGUGGUCCGGUUUUGAGGUCUUAGAACCAGAACAGUUUUUUAAAGCCCCUGAUAGAGACCCACAGCUAAGGGACCAAACCAAACCAGACCAGUACAGACCUGAACUAAAGACCAGUUAGCAGAGGGGAUCCUCCUGUUAUCCUCUAGAGGAACUUCUAGGAGGCGCUGUUCUUACAUCAGACCCGCUGAACAGACCUUUUUUUUUUUUUUUUUUGAAACUUAUUUUUAUUAAACAUUCAGUUCAAAAUAAUUGUAAAGAGUGAGAACUGGAAAAGAACAGGAAUGGAAAAAUAAACAUACAAAUAUAUGUAUUGUUACACAGGGAGAGAAGAAUCAUAGUAACAGUGCGUACAUUUCAAGAAGGUAGGUCCAGAGUUUAGAGAUAUUUCAGUCAUUUUGUUCCAUUUGUCCUUCAUAUCAAAACAGGACAGAAACAUCCUCACCUUAGUGUCCAACAACACCUAGAGAGCAUAUCAGAUAGGACAGUGGGGGGCGCUGUACAAAAACUUGGCCUGUAGUGUAGGUCUAUUCUGCUGCUGGAGACCAGGUUCUAGUGUAUGAUUAAUGUAAGACCUCCUCCAGUUACACAAGAUCCUUGGUCUUAGUCCAAGAUAGAUAAUACAAGGGGGGUCGGUGUUGUUCACUAACCUGAAGCAGGGUGGUCUGAUCCAGCUGCAGGAGUCCACAUGAUGAGAGGUCUUUGAGAAAGGUACUGAGGACCUCAUAUGAUCCUCCUUUUCUUUCUCUUUCUUUCUUCAAGCCAAGGCAAUUUCUCAAUCUGACAAUAUCAUGUCACAUUACAACAUUUCUUAUCCAUUGGUUGGAAGGGAGCAGGAAGAAGAAACAUCUUAUAUUACCUAACCCCUCACUCAAAGUCUAAUUGUUCUAAUAAUCUAUCACUGAGCAACAUUCAUACAACAAAACAAACAGAAAAGAGUUUCAAAUGGAUUUAUCGGUCAAUGAUCUAUACUGCAGUCAUACCAUAAAGUAAACAAAACAAACAUAAUAAUAAAUAUAAAUAUUAGACAGCAUUUCAAGCUGACUUUUCUACAAGAAUCAUUGGUUACUUUUGUCCUAAUUUCUAAUUGCAUUUCCUUUAACAUUUUCUUGGCUUGUUAAAGAUUUGUACAGUUGUCUUCAGUUUAUUACUUUGACAGUUUCAUAGUUUAACCCCCACUACAGAGAUACACACUGCUUCAGAGUUGUCCGUACAAAUGAAAAAGUCCUCCUUUGUUCUCCAUCAUCUGAUCUGAUAUCAAACAGUUGUUGUAUACUUUCUGAUAAAAUUCUAUUUUUUGCUUUAUUACAGCCAGUGUUUGUGUUUCUACUAAAUAUUUGAAUUUCAGUAUUCCUGAUUAGAUAAACAAUCUGUUAGUAUGUCCUCUGUCUCCUACAUUAUGAAUAAUUCUUACUGCCUUUUUUGUUACAUGAUCAGCGGUCUUAUCCUUGUGAAGUAUGUACGGCCCCAAACUUCCUUCAUCUAGAUCACAAACCCAGCCCGGGUCAGGCUCAGGGUUUCAGGUUUUCCACCUUCAGCUCCAGUCAUUUAGAGUCAGGGGGUCAAGAUCUGAGAACCUCAAACAACAUGAGGUUCCUCAGCAGGUCAACAGAGGAACCACCUGCUAGUUCUUGUACCUUUGAAAAGACUAGGACCUGAGCUCACACAGGUUCUUCUCUUCGGGUCUCAGGUCACUACGGAACCUCCCUCAACAUCUGGGACUGGACCACACACAGGAAGAUCCAGACCAUCGAUAUGGGAGAGGAGGGUGCUAUCCCCCUGGAGGUCCGGUUCCUGCAUGACCCCAGAGCCACGGAGGGAUACGUGGGCUGUGCUCUGCAGGGAAACGUCUUCAGGUUCUACAAAACACCGGUCAGUAAUACAUGACCCCAACUGAGGACCACAGGGCCCUUUAUCCAGGUAUCUCAGAGUCCCCAUCCCAGAAAGAUCCCAGUUAGGGUUUAUUGAGACCAUACAAGACCAGAGAGUGGUUCAAGGUCAAGGACCUGGAACUGGCUCCAUGGUCUAACCCUGAAAUUCGAGAGCUCAAACAGUUCCUAAGAAAACUCGUGAGGACACAAGGUCCUCUUGAAACAGCUGGAGCUCUGAACUCUGCAGGACUGUCCUCAUAAACAUAGGAAGGUCCUGUGGCUCUUCAUAAAGAAAACAACCUCAGGUGUCGCCAGGCUCUCUACCUGUUAAAGGAAGUUCUGAAUCUCCAUGGUAACCAGAUAAAUGCCGUCAAGUCUUUCACUCAUGUGGGUCCAGAUGGGUCGAGUCUUUCCCACCUGGAGGACGGGUCUUUGUGAGACAUUAAACCUGGUCUAGACCUGGUCUUUUAGAAAGUGUCUGGGAUAACGACUGCUGUGAUUUGGCUUUAUAAAUCAAGAUUGAUUGAUUGAUUGAUUGAUUGAUUGAUUGAUUGAUUGAUUGAUUGACUGACAGAAAGGAGACUGGGCAGCAGAGAAGGUGAUCAGCGUUCCCAGUAAAAAGGUGGAGGGCUGGAUGCUUCCUGAGAUGCCUGGUGAGUCUCUCUGACUGACUAGUUACCAUCUGUUUAACUUGUUACCAGUUUGUCCACCUGAGCUGACAACAGUUCGUCUGACUUGUUACCUCAUCUGAGUAACUCGUAACCUGUCUGACAGUGGUGUUACCAAUCAGUGUGACUUGACACCUGUCUGUGUGUGACUGGUCUGUCGGACUUGUCACCUGUUUAUCUGACUCGUUGCCUGUUUAUCUGACUCGUCACAUGUUCAUCUGACUUGUUGCCCGUUAUCGGACUCGUUACCUGUUUAUCUGACUCGUUGCCUGUUUAUCUGAGUCGUUGCCUAUUUAUCUGACUCGUCGUCUGUUAAACUGACUUGUUGCCUGUUUAUCUGACUCGUUGCCUGUUUAUCUGACUCGUCGCCUGUUUAUCUGACUUGUUGCCUAUUUCUCUGACUCGUAGCCAGUUAAUCUGACUAGUUGGCGGUUUAUCUGACUCUAUUUCUGCAUAUCUGACUCAUCACCUGUUUAUCUGACUCGUUGCCUGUUCAUCUGACUUGUUGCCUGUUUAUCUGACUUGUUGCCUGUUUAUCUGACUCGUUGCCUGUUUAUCUGACUCGUUGCCUGUUUAUCUGACUUGUUGUCUGUUUAUCUGACUUGUUGCCUCUCUGUUUUAUUUGUUUGUAACUGACCUCUUCGUUCCUCCUCAGGUGACUUGUAACCCUUUUUAAAAACUCGUUACCUGUCUUGUUGACUGGUUUGUCAAUCUUUUGACUUGAAAUUUAGUGACGUAUUGCAUGUCUACCUUUCUUGCCACCUGUCUGUCUAAAUGGUCACCUGUUCAUGUGACUUGUUGUCUGUUUGUUUUCUUAACUUGUAUCUGACAUGUGACCUUGUCUAAAUAUCUUGUUACUGGUCGAGUUGACUCGUCAAUCUGACAUGUGACCUUUUUUGACCUUGGUUCUCUCACCUGUCUAACUCCUCACCUGUCGUUCUGCUCAGGUCUGAUCACGGACAUCCUGCUCUCAUUGGAUGAUCGCUUCCUCUACUUCAGUAAUUGGCUGCACGGUGACAUCAGGCAGUAUGACAUCACAGACAGGAGGAACCCCCGAUUGGUCGGCCAGGUCUGAAUGUUGAUACACCUGUCCAAUGACGAGCAGGUGAGACCGUACUGUGAGAGAGCUUACCUGUCCGUGUGUUUCAGGUGUUCCUGGGAGGAAGUCUCAUAAACGACGGUCCGGUCAAAGUCCUGAAAGACCCAGAGAGCCAGCAGCAGCCGCCGCCACGAGUCAUCCAGGUACCAGAGACAGGAGGACGCAGUGAGACAGAAGGCAGGGAGACAGGAAGCAGUGAGACAGGACGCAGGGAGACAGGAAGAAGGGAGACAGGACACAGGGUGGCAGGAAGCAGUGAGACAGGAUGGAGUAGACGUGUCUGUUUGUUCAACAUGAUGUCCUUUAGGCUUAAAUGACCUUUAUUGACCUUUCUGCUGUUAUAAUUGUCUCAAUGUCAACCCAUCUACACACCUGUCUCCCCCUCUCACCUGUCUCCUUUUCUCACUUGUCUAACCUGUCUACCCCUCUCGCCUGUCUCCCUCACCUGUCUGUCUCUCAGGGGAAGCGUAUCCCAGGCAGUCCUCAGAUGCUGCAGCUGAGUUUGGACGGUCGCAGACUCUACCUGACUACGUCUUUGUACAGCGGCUGGGACAAACAGUUCUACCCUGACAUGAUAAGGUACUCACAGUACUACAGUACUCCUGUUACAUGAAUACUACCACUACUGCUGCUACUUGAUAUUUUAUAGUCAAUACACAAACAUAACAAAACAUAAAAACAUUUUAAAAAAACAGUUUAAUGAAGAAAAACAGAGAUGAACAAGGAAAGAAACAUGUUAAUACAAUUACAAUUUGGGGUUAACCCUGAAAAGGGUUAACCCCAAAUUUCCACUGUAUCCGGAAUGGCUCCAAUCCGGAGCCAUCCCAAUCCAUCCACCAAUUCCUACCGGAUCUUCUGGACUUCUAGAAUCAGCAUCUCCUCAUCCAUAGUGUCAUUGGGGUGAGAUGACGUCUAAAAACCUUUCACUUGUUCGUCUCCGCCUGUUUACAUGGUGUGAAAUACGAUCCUCCUGAAACACGCCUAACACACAAUGUUUUGUUUUGAAAAGAAACCUGAUGUUUUAUUUUGUGUCUGUGGCUGACUUCCUUUCCAGCACGGGUUAAUCUGUGCUGAAUUUAUCUGGCAUGCUCUGGCGUCCCGAAAAAAUAGAACUCUUGCGAUCAGCUGUGGAGUCAGGCGAUCCGCAGAGAAACGUAAAGGACCUGGUGGAAAUUGACACAUUAACUUGAAUGGUUACGAUCAGAUAUGAUCGGAGGAUACAACCUUUUAGUAGAUGUUCAGGAUGUGGUGGAAAUCAGGGGUUAGACUUAUCCAUCUGUGAUAUCAGAUAAGAGGACCGUUUUAAGGCGACUCUGGAAGACUCUGAUCCUGUUUACUGAGUUGAUGUUGAUCCUCAAUAUUUAGAGAUUUGUCGUCUCAGCUCUCACAGUUUAAUGACAGAUUUCAACAUAAGAAGAGCUUCUGUACACUUCAACGUCCAAUCAGGGAGUGGUAUUUGAUAAGGGGGUGUGUCGGACAGUGAAAAGACUUCAGGGAAGGCUUCUCUGUGUAAACUCUCUCACCACUCCUCUGAUUUCCCUCGUCUGGAUCCUCAGAUCCACAUAAAGGGUUUUGGAACAACGCUGGUCUACACUGUUGGCCCGCUGAGAUCUGACCCAGAAUAACCUCUCUCUGUCUCUCUGUCUCUCUCUGUCUGUCUGUCUCUCUCUCUUUGUCUCCCACAGGGAGGGCUCUGUGAUGAUGCAGAUCGAUGUGAACACAGAUAAAGGAGGUCUGACUCUGAAUGAAAAAUUCCUGGUGGAUUUCGGUAAAGAGCCUGAGGGUCCGGCUCUGGCCCACGAGCUCAGGUAUCCUGGUGGAGACUGUACCUCUGAUAUCUGGCUGUAACGGCACACCUGAGCGAGCGCACACCUGAGCGAGUGAGACGAUCUUAACCAAGUCAAACUAGAGCUUAGAUCAGUAUCAUUAAAAUCACUGAGGUUGAGCCAACACUGACUCUGAGUUUCCGGCUAGUGGUUAAUCCAAGUCAGCAGGAUCAAAACUGGACCAGUCCGGGGUCAGACCAUGGUCAGACUUGGUACAGACCCGGGUCAGAACAGGGUCAGACUGAGAGAUUAGCAUGUAGCCUGUUAGCUUCAGAGUUUUCUGCCAUGUUGGAUUUAUCUCUGACACUUUAAUAAAACCUUCUCACUGUCUGUUCCUGAAUAAAAUCAUCUCAUUUAUCAAACAGAAGAAUA